AUGCACCUACCAUGCCUGGCCCAUAUUAUUAACCUGGUGGUAAGAGAUGCCCUGCAAGCUUCAAAGCCCAUCAUUGAUAAGGUGAAAGAGGCAGUGGAAUACUUUCACAGAAGCACCGUGGGGGCACAAAAACUGAAGGAGACUCAACUACAAAUGAAGAUGGAGGAGCUCCGACCAAAACAGGAUUGUCCUACAAAGUGGAAUUCCACCUACUACAUGUUGAAAAGCUUUAUUGCCAGUAAAAAUGCUAUAAUCUCCACCCUGGCCGUCACCAAUGCACCUGUCCGCCACCUGUCCCAGGAGGAAUGGACCACAGUGCAAGAAAUGUGCACAAUCUUGCAACCAUUUGAGGAAGUCACUGUGGAACUCAGUGCAGAAAGCUACUUGACAGCCUCGAAGGUCAUAGUGCUGGCCAGGGGACUUCAAAGAGCCACAGCUGAUUUCCGGCGAAAAACAACAACAGCGGUAGCGCAAGGUGUGAUCGACAGUCUGUGUGCGAGUAUGUCAUCGCGAUUCCACAGGAUUCAUGCCAACCACAUACUAGCAGAGGCUGCUGCACUUGACCCGCGUUUUAAGAGGAUGGCCUUCCCUGAUGGCAGAACAGCAGAUGAGACGUUUCAAAGGCUGUCAACUGCAGCAGCAAGAAUUAGCAGUGGCAAACCCAUCCAACAGCAACCAGCUGUGGAAGGACUGGAAGGAGCAGGCAGUGGUGCUGGAUCAAUAGUUUGGAGCUAUUUCCAUGAGGAAGUAGCUGGAACAGUGGAAGCCAGGAAUCCAACCGCUGAUGCUGUCAUGGAGGUGCGAGCCUACCUGGAGGAGCCUCUUCUUCCAACACAUGAGGAUCCCCAAGUGGUGGGAGAGUCGAGCCCCUGUUUACCCCAGGCUUAG